GCAGUCAGGCAAUUACAAUGGCGGGCCGAAGAGUCCUCUCCGUGCUCAAAAACAGACCGGCGGCGGCGAAACCGCCCCCAGAACCCGCGCCGCAGCCCUCCGCGGCAGCAGAUGAAGGGAGAUCGAAAUCAUGGGGUCGUAGAAUAGUCUCGGGAGCAUUACUUUGCUUGACAGGGGGCGUAGCUUUGAGUGCUCUUGAUGACCUAGUCAUUUACCAAGGCUGCAGCAGGUUCCUCUCUUUCUCUCUCAAGGCAAUGGAGAAAGCCAGCAAGAACAAGGCAAUAAUAGACGCAAUUGGGGAGCCAAUUGUGCGAGGUCCUUGGUAUAACGCAUCACUUGCUGUAGCACACAAGCGGCACUCUCUAUCUUGCACCUUUCCCGUCUCUGGACCUCAAGGCUCUGGAAUAUUUCAGCUGAAAGCAGUAUGCAAUGAAGAUCAGGGUUUGUUUUCCAUCUUGCGUGCCCGUGACUGGGAGAUCCUUAUUAUGGAAGCUCUCCUUCACGUUCCUGGCAACGAUGAGAAGGAGCGAACAUUCCGAAUAAAUGUUUCAGAUGAUCCCCCUCUCGAAUGCAAGUCGUGUGUUGCUACUUGCCCUUCCACCCCUACCCCUCAACCGCCACCAAUUGCUCAUCAGAAUCAAUCGUAGCUGCUUAUCAAGCUUUCUUACUGCACAAUUCACUCAUAUUUUCUUUAUCUCAAUUGGUAUCUAUGUUAUCUUCCCUAAAAUCUCAGUUUUCAAUAAUUAUUGGGAUUUUGAUAGUUAGUGAGAGAGAUUUUGGCGAAAUUUGUUUCGGUAGGCAGACCAUAGUUGCAACUUCCAUGAAUAAUUACAGAUGAUGAAGGUUAGAUAUUCGAUACGCCUUCAAUUUUAUCAUAAUUUUUAUCAGAUUUAUCCAUAACUGUUUAAUAAUAGUGUCCAUUUUUUUUGCAA